UAAUCAUAAAAGGCGGGGAGUAAUUCAAACUUGAACUAAACGGUCGAAGUGUAGAACGCGCCCCUCCAAGUCGCCGACUCCAUUCGCCGCUUCACCCUCCGGCAGGCGCCAGCACGCAGCGCGGUAGCACCGCCACUCCUCCAGGAGCCAGAACCGCCGCACGCCUCUUCAUUCGUCGCCUCACGCCCGUAGCCUGCACUCCGUUCGGCGGUUUGGCCAAUUGGCCCUUCUCAAUAUUCACCUUCAGUAGUUCCGUGUUAAAGAGAAGAUGGGCAGUGUUCUGAGCAAGGCUGCUGAUGGCUUCGGAAAUGCCCUCGCCACUCCCUUCAAGGCUAUGCUUGAAGGAUCUUGCGAAGAUGUUUGCAGCGGAGUUUGGGAUGUGUCGUGUUUCAUCACUCACCUUUGUGUUUCGGAUUUGAUCAAGUUAUUUAUGAUUCUGGUGCUUUGCUACAUAAGUAAUUCCCAGCCUCUCAGCCUUACAUUUUGUGCAGUUUCAGUUUUAUUGUAUUUCAUAAAAAGACACCUCUCUUUUCUUUAAAGUUGCAUCACUUUUACUUUUACUAACUACAUUUUAUUCAGUAAUGUAUUUAAAAAUAUUUUGUGUCCGCAUAGUUCCAAUUUACUAUUCAUUAAUUAAUCUGUUUACUUUUGUUCUAUAAUUAUAUUUUUAUGUAUCUUAUUUUCAUUGUAUUCAAACUCAUUUGUCAAACUAAAAUCCGUCAUGAAUGGGACAUACAAUCAACUAGAAUAUUACAAUUGAGUAGUUCAAACAUAAACAAAUGAUCAAAUAAUGAUUUGGACCAACUCAAAUGCAUUGUGGAUACAACUGCCAUACUUAUUUAUGUAGUACUACAGCAUUCACCAAUUAGUCAUAUUAGAUUUUAUAAUUUUAUGAAUAACCAAUUAAAUACGUAGUAAAAUAUAUCAACAGUCAAAGUCUAUAGUGAAAAGUGUGAAAUCCAGAAUAAUUAGAUAGAAUUACUAGUAUAUUUUAUAGAGAUUUGAGGUUCUAAUAUUUCCCAUUUGAGUGAAACUAAUAGUUCUCCUUGGGCAGCUUUACUGUUUCUCUACAUGUUCUUCAAACUGGGGAUAUGCCAAUGCAUAGGGAAAACUAUAUGCGGAAUGUAUUGUUCAGCGUGUAAGGCUUAUUGGUCAUCCGUUGGGUGUUUAAUGUGUUUCCUCUGGCAUAAACUUAUCAAUGUUCAGCGUGUGGAUCGUCACCACCGCCGACGGCGGCGCUUCAUAGAUGUUGAAUCUGGAGAUAAUUCCUUCAGUCUCGAUGGUGACUCUUCAUUUGUUGAUGGAGGCGAUGUAAGGGUGUCUAGAAAGAGAAAGAUGAUGAUCAAGAGGACGGGGGAACGUAGACUUCACAGCCAGCAUCAUUCUCGUUAUCACCGCCAUCGCCACGGCCACGGCCACGGCCAGAGUCAUCAUCCUCAGGGUAGUAUAUAUACAAGAGAAGUUGGUCUUCAAGUUAAGGGUAGGCCUCUUAGACUGGAAAAGUUAAGACAUUAUUCACCGAGAAAGGACAUUGUUGUUGUUGCCCCCAAUAUGGCAUCCUUCAAACGAAGACGAAUUGCUGUCCAAUGACAUUUCCUCUUUAGUAUAUACGGACUAUAUAAUUACGGAGUAUAUAAUUUAGAUCAAAUGAGAAUGUUUUAC